AUGACCGAAGCGGUCCCUAGAAAGGGCUCUUUAAGCUUCUUCAACCCUUUCAAGUCAAGAUCUGGAAGUCGGUCGAGUUCACGAGAUGCUUCUCUUUCCGAUAUGAGCUUUGACGAGGUCAAGCUUGACCACAAGUCCGCAGUCUUCACGACUCGUCUCAGGAAGACAGCAAGUCCUGCCGCUUCGGCCAGGAGUUCCAGAGCAGGUUCCAAGAAGAACAGUCUCGACCAAUCCCGAUCGUUUCGGCAAGCCUCGUUCCCUGCCAUCAACGUUGCGGACGAGUGGGAAAGAGAUGCUCAGACUGGCGAACGGAAAGACCAUACAGAAAUGCUGCACAGUCUUGCGCAUCGUGAAUCAGAGGAUUCUCUUGCCGAAAAGGCCCAACUCUUGUUUGCUGGAAUCCCGCCCCAGCUCGCAACGGAUUUCCUCCGCAGACUCCCGGAUACCACCUGGAAGAGAAUAGUAGAAUUCCUGGAUCCAGCGGACAGAGCAAGCCUUGCCCUUUCUUGUAAGCCAUUCCGAGACUUACUUGGGAUUGAAGUAUGGACAACCCUGAAUGCGCCAGAGAAUCGCGACGCAAAAGCCAACUUCCUUGGGUAUCUAGACCAGCAGUUACCGGAUCACUUACUGUGUUUCCCAUGUGGGAUAUAUCAUGUCCGGACCCAAAAGGGACAAGAGAUUUUGCGUCCCACCAACAUUUCAAACCCCAUCUUCAAUUGUCCCAACGCCUUCAAUGCUGAGAACAAAGUUUCGCGGCAGAGGAUCACGGUCGGUCGCUCAUUGCCCUUCCCAUUUGUCCAACUUCUUCUGCGAGCGCAUAAAUACUCGAAGGAACACGGUAUUCACAUCGACUCAAUGUCGCGUCGGUACAAGGAUCGAGACGGAGAGUGGUCACACCAGACUCGUUAUGCCAUUGUCAACGGCCACCUACUUGUUAGGGUGAUCAGCUCAGCAUUUGCGACCCCGGCUCUCCCCCCUGCAGGCCUACGGAGGCUUCUCUACUCCCAUGGCGACAAUUACCAUCCGUAUUUUUCGGUCUGUGCUCAUUGGAGGGACGGGAACCUCAUGCCUUCGGUUAAAUGUGCUUUGAGCCACAUCCCCAAACCACCGGAAGGGGGUGGUAUAGCAGGCGCUGCAGCAAAGGUACAAUAUCAUAUGCACCGACCUAGUCCCCUCAUCACCUUGUGUUCUGAGUGUCGUCCCAUGCGGCGAUGUCCAGAAUGCCCGACAGAAUACCUCAUUGAAAUGAGGAUGCAGGAGGACAAAAGCGACCCGAUGAAACUAUUCAAGCAUGCCAUCGUGAUAACUCGAUGGAGCGACCUCGGAGAUGGAUCUUCACCCAAGAGCCUGGAAUGGGCAGCUUGCAAUGGGGAGGUAGAAUUCGACUCAUUUGCGGCCCUUGGAAAGCGUGCAAUCUCUGGCGUAUUUGAGUCACAAUUCACAGUCGACCAAAUACCCGGUCAAAAAAUCGUUUCAAUGAACCCCAACAAGGAGAAGCGCGGAGAGGCUGGGCAUAAUUGGUAUUGA